AUGGUUGGUAUCAACACCGGUGUCAUCUCAGAUGUUGCUUCUCCAUUCGGUGGGGUUAAGUUUUCAGGAUUCGGACGAGAAGGAAGCAAAUACGGCAUUGACGAAUACGUAGCUAUUAAGACAAUGACUUUCGGUGGAGUCCAACAUCUCUAA